AAGCCAUCCAAAAAAUCAUUCAAAGCUGGAAAAUUUUAGAAGGCAUAAAAGGAGCACCAAGAAAUAAGAGAAAACAUUGCAAAAAGAUCCUUUUUCUGCGCACCCUGUAAAAUAAUGUCCAUCUUUCUCAAACCCCUCCCUCUUCUCUCCCUCUUCUUCUUCACCUACUGUCUCACAAACCCUAAUGUGUUUGGAAACUCUAGGGUUCGUGAAACCCCAGUCAUAGUUAUAUACAAUGGAGUGGUGAAGAAAAUGGAGCCGCCAAGUAUGAUGGGGAGAGUAUAGAGGUGGGUGGGAAUUGGUUUCGGAGAAUUCAGGUGUAUCGGCCAUGCACAUGACCAUCAUGCCUAAUAGUAACAAGGCCAUUAUGUUUGACGCUGCCGGUUUCGGUCCAUCGGAGAUCUCGUUGCUUCCUGGAGACUGUCGUCGGGUUUUCGAUGAGAGGGAUGAAACUGGAGAAUACUAUGAAGUGGAUUGCUGGGCUCAUGCUGUGGAAUUUGACACUGGGACUGCAGCUAUUAGGCCGCUUAAGAUCUUGACAGACACAUGGUGCUCAUCUGGUGGAUUAUCAGCUAAUGGCACUCUUGUGCAAACCGGUGGAUGGGCUGUUGGAGGGAGGUCUGUGAGAUACCUCUCCGGAUGCAAUACCUGUGACUGGGAGGAGCACCCCAUGUCACUUUCUGCCUCAAGAUGGUUCUCUACGCAACAUAUCUUGCCAAAUGGCAAUUUCAUAUUGGUCGGAGGCCGACGCAUGUUCAAUUACGAGUAUAUCCCUAAGGGGGGAGGUUCUAAUGAUGUUUAAUUUCCAUUACCAUUUCUCCAAGAGACCACUGACCUGUUUCAGAAUAAUCUCUACCCGUUUGUCUUCCUUUCCACGGAUGGCAACAUUCUAAUCUUCGCUAAUAACCGUUCAAUUCUACUCAAUCCGACCACCAAUAAGAUUGUCCGGGAGCUUCCUAUCCUUGAUGGUGGGUCUUGAAACUACCCUGCAUCCGGCACUGGCGGCAUUGCUACCUAUAAAUCUCAGUGACCCGAACCCGAAAGCAAUCCUGGCCGAAAUUAUAAUAUGCGGUGGAGCGGAUCCUAGAGCGGGAAAGUUAGUUGAGAAAGGUAUUUUCGUAACUGCAUUGCAAGAUUGUGGAAGGAUUGAUAUAACAGACCCUAAAAUCCACAUGGCAGAAGCAGAUGAUGCCAACUCCAAGGACUAUGGGAGAUCUGCUGAUCCUUCCCACAAGUGAUAUCCUUAUAGUCAAUGGGGCCAAAGAGGGAAUAUCCGGGUGGAACUUCGCACAAGAUCCGAACCCGACCCCAUUAAUUUAUUAGACCCGACAACCCAACAACCCAACGGUUCACAGAGCUAAAGGCGACAACCAUACCACGAAUGUACGGUUCAACCUUUAUGGUAUUGCUAGAUGGCAAAAUAUUAGUGGCUGGGAGCAACACAAAUUACUACUACAAUUUCACAGGAGUAAAGUAUCCGACAGAACUUCGGGUCAAGAAAUUUUGCCCACCAUACUUCGAUCCUUUACUCAUCUCGGACAGACCUGCGAUAACAUCCGAUUACAAGGGCAAAAUGGUAAAAUACAGAGGAUAUAUUGUGGUGGAGUUCAAGUUGAAGAAAGCUAAGGUGGACCAAUCAGAUUUGAAGGUGACCAUGUACUCUCUUUCACAACCCAUGGUUUUUCCAUGGGCCAAAGGCUUUUGGUAUUGGCCAUAAAGAAGUUGGAAAUUGUGGAAUCGGAAUUUUUUCGGGUGGAGGUUGUAGCGCCGCCAUCGGCGGAGAUUGCUCCUCCGGGUUUUUAUUUGAUCUUUGUUGUGCACAAUGGAGUUCUGAGUUCUGGGAUAUGGGUGCAAAUUUCAUAGAGGAUUGCAUGCAUCUUUUUUGGUUGUUGUACAUACAUUGAUACAUAUUUUUCAUUGAUUGCAUCGUAAACUUGAAUAUACUUCUCACAAAAAAAA